CAUUUGCAAGUCCAUACAUAUCCCACCGUCCAAGUAAGCCGCCACAGCCACGAUCUUCCAGCACAGCUCACCCGCCGUCGCAAGCUGCCAACCGUUUCAGUAACACGCUGUCACUUCUUAUUUCAACGCUGAAAGAUCCUUCCUCCGCCGCGCCAAAUCUCUUCCACUAUGACGGAUUUCUCUCAACCACUUCUUCCGCCGACAGACAAAACCAAAUGGAUCUCCUCACCGGAAUCCAACCGGGAAUAUACGGCGCCCAUUUUCGCUCCCGACGCCGACGACAUCCCUCCGAUCAACAACGCACGUGAUUUCUACAGAGAGUUUCGUAUUGAAUCAAAGAAGCUAUGGUACUUAGCAGCUCCGGCGGUGUUCACGUCCGUUUGCCAAUACUCUUUUGGCGCCAUCACUCAACUCUUCGCUGGACAAGUCAGCACCGUCGCCCUCGCCGCCGUUUCCAUCGAAAACUCCGUCAUCGCCGGUUUUGCUUUCGGCGUCAUGCUUGGGAUGGGGAGCGCGCUGGAGACGCUGUGCGGGCAGGCGUACGGCGCCGGGCAACUUGAUAUGAUGGGAGUGUACGUGCAAAGAUCGUGCGUGAUCCUCGUUUCAACGGCUGUGAUUCUGACACCAUUUUAUGUGUUUGCGACGCCGCUUUUGAGGGCGAUUGGACAGACGGCGGAGGUGGCAGAGGCGGCCGGAGUUAUGUCGGUUUGGAUGAUCCCUCAGCUGUAUGCUUACGCGCUCAACUUUCCGAUCUCCAAGUUCCUGCAGGCUCAGAGCAAGAUGAUGGCCAUGUCGGUCAUAUCCGCCGUCGCUUUGGUAUUCCAUGCGUUCUUUAGUUGGUUGUUGAUGCUGAAGCUAGGGUGGGGCCUAGCGGGAGGUGCAGUGAUAUUAAACGCGUCGUGGUGGUUGAUUGUGGUAGCUCAAAUUGUUUAUAUUAUGAGUGGGGGUUGUAGGGAAACUUGGACGGGUUUCUCGUGGAGAGCAUUUCAAAGCCUUUGGGGUUUCGUCAAACUCUCUCUAGCGUCGGCCGUGAUGCUUUGUUUGGAGAUAUGGUAUUUUAUGUCUUUGAUACUGUUUGCGGGAUAUCUCAAGAAUGCAGAAGUCUCUAUCGGAGCCUUGUCUAUAUGCAUGAACAUCUUGGGGUGGAUGGUGAUGGUAUCUUUUGGAAUCAAUGCUGCCAUAAGUGUUCGUGUCUCGAAUGAGUUGGGCGCAGCUCAUCCAAGAACAGCAAGGUUUUCAUUGAUUGUGGCUGUAAUAUCGUCGUUUGUUCUUGGUCUCAUAAUGGCGGCUGUUGUUCUUGUGACAAAGAAUGAUUAUCCAUUCUUGUUUUCAAGUGAUUCUGCUGUGAGACAAAUUGUGAAGGAGCUAACCCCUUUGCUCUGUUUAUGCAUUGUAAUCGACAUCGUUCAACCCGUUCUAUCUGGAGUGGCGGUUGGAGCGGGAUGGCAGGCUCUUGUGGCUUAUGUCAACAUUGGUUCUUACUAUGUGUUUGGACUUCCUUUGGGUCUGCUGAUGGGUUUCGUGCUCAAUUGGGGUGUUUUGGGAAUAUGGUAUGGAAUGAUUAGCGGGAUCAUAAUACAAACGAGCAUUUUGAUGAUCAUAGUUUACCGAACCAACUGGAACAAAGAGGCUUCUGUGGCUGAGAAUAGAAUAAGGAAAUGGGGAGGACACUCUGUUUCCUGAUACAGCAAGUUUAAAAGGACAUGCAUGGAACACC